UCUCUCUCUCUCUCUCCAGCGUACUCUGGUGUUCAUCUCCUCCCAAGAAAUCGGUGGUCAAUCUUCGGCCGUCCGAUGAAUCUCCUAAUGGGCAGCCCCAUGCGGGAUCGUCAAUGGCCUCAAGUUCUAAUUGCAUUGGCUAUCCUCUUCACAUUCAACACUGUAGCAUUGGUUUCAGGUCAUCCAUACGAGCAUACGUCCCCAUCACCUCCACCACCAUAUAUGUACAAGUCACCCCCACCGCCAUUGCCUUCACCACCUACACCUUACAACUCUCCACCUUUACCGUCUCCAUCGCCUCCACCACCUCAUAUUUACAAGUCACCACCACCUUCGUCUUCUUCACAGCCGCCUCCGUAUUACAAGUCACCCCCGCCACCAUUGUCUUCGUUGCCGCCGCCACCUUACUACUACAAGUCUCCACCACCACCAUCACCAUCUUCUCCACCACCCUACUACUACAAAUCAUCACCACCACCAUCAUCACCUUCAUCACCACCACCAUAUUACUAUAAGUCUCCACCAUUGCCUUCCCCAUCUCCUCCGUCGCCUUCUACAUUUCCUCUACCACCUUAUCAUUACAAAUUCCCACCAAGUCCUUUUCUAUCACACCCACCACCAUAUUACUAUGAAUCUCCAUUGCCACCAUUCCCCUUUCCACCACUACCUUACUACCACAAACCUCCACCACUUCCUUCACUGCUGCCACCGCCUUACUCUUAUAAGUCCCCACCACCACCUUCUGCGUCACCUCCCACUUCGUACUACUACAAAUCUCCACCUCCACCAUCACCAUCUCCACCAUCUCCUUACUACUAUAAGUCUCCACCACCACCCUCACCAUCUCCUCCACCACCCUACUAUUAUAAAUCUCCACCACCACCUUCCCCAUCGCCCCCAUCACCAUACUAUUACAAAUCUCCUCCACCACCAUCGCCAUCUCCUCCACCACCUUACUAUUACAAAUCCCCACCACCACCUUCACCAUCACCCCCACCUCCUUACUACUACAAAUCACCACCACCACCAACACCGAUGCCUCACCCCUUCCACCACCCGCUCAUCCUAAAGGUGGUUGGAAAGGUCUACUGCUACAGAUGCUACGACUGGGGAUAUCCAAUGCAAUCCCAUGGCAAAAAACACCUGGAAGGUGCGGUUGUGAAAGUUACAUGCAAGACUAACCAGAAGGAGAUUGUAGCCUAUGGGAAGACUAAGAUUAAUGGAAAAUACAGCGUUGCUGUUGAAGAUUAUGAUUAUAAAAAAUGGGGAGCCAAAGGUUGCAAGGCAAUGCUCCACAUGCCUCCAAUGGGCUCUAUGUGCAACGUCCCUACUAACCUCCACGACGGGAAGACAGGAGCCAUGCUAAAAGUGAAAUCCAAGACCUAUGAAGAGGUUGUCCUCCAAGCCAAGGCUUUUGCCUAUGCACCCAAGUCCCCUUCCACGGAAUGUCAAAAGACACACCCAAAUCCACCUGUCUACCAAUACAAGUCACCACCACCUCCUACCCCCACAUACUACUACAAAUCCCCACCACCCCCAACACCCAAAUACUACUACAAAUCCCCGCCCCCUCCAUCACCAACUUCCUACUACAAGUCUCCCCCACCACCAAUACCAUUUCCUCCUAUGCACUACUAUAAGUCCCCACCUCCAUCUCCACCUCCACCAUCACCUUAUCCACUUCCUCCCUUCUACUACAAAUCCCCACCACCUCCAUCUUCAUCUCCCCCACCUCCCUACUACUACAAAUCCUCACCCCCGCCAUCAUUGUUUCCACCACCUCCCUACUACUACAAGUCUCCACCCCCUCCAUCACAUUCUCCACCACCUCCUUAUUACUACAAGUCCCCACCAGCACCAUCUCCAUCAUCUCCUCUUCCAUUCUACUACAAAUCCCCUCCCCCACCAUCCGCAUCACCACCUCCUCAAUACUCUUACAAAUCCCCACCCCCGCCAUCCGCGUCACCGCCUCCUCAAUACUCCUACAAAUCCCCACCCCCACCAUCCCCAUCUCCUCCUCCCCCUUACUACAACAAAUCACCACCCCUGCCAUCACCAUCUCCUCCACCUCCAUUCUACUACAAAUCCCCUCUACCACCAUUAUCGUUCCCACCUCACCCAUACAUAUUCCCACCUCACCCAUACAUCAACACAUCUCCACCACCUCCGAUUCACUACUGAGCGUAACCCAACCCAUCUCUUUGCCUCCUCAAUCAUGUUUUAAGGGGACCAGUCGACUAAGGGAAUAUUAUAAGAGAAGGAGGCUCUUGAUUCAAGCUUUGUGAGCCUUUGAUAAUAAGGGUCUCAACCAUGCCAUGAAGAGCUUUGUCAACCUUGAUAAUAUAGACCAAAGAGCUUUUAUGAUUGCCAUUUUACAUUUCAAGUAUUUAUGGUAUUCUAGUAGGAUUGGAUUCAAAGGGCUAGGCCAAGUAACCUCCAAGAGAAAAGGAGACGAGUAUAAGAGCUAGCUUUUCUUUUUCCUUUUUUUUUUUCGUCCUUUGAUUUAUUUAUGGGGCAUUUGUUUGUAAGGCUUUCUAGUGCUAUGUGCACUGAUGGCUAAUAAAGAAGAGAUUACAUGUUUCUCUUUCCG